AUGGAGCUACCGUUGGAAAACCAUAGCCAGCCUUUCAACAGCAACACUGUGAGGCUGCCAAACAAACCUGUACUGGGGAUGGGAUUAGAUAACUUUAUUUCUCUUCUCAUAUUUGGACUUAUUUUCAUCCUCGGGGUGCUUGGGAACACCAUGGUGAUCACGGUGCUGGCGCGCAGCAAGCCCGGACAACCGAGGAGCACAACCAACAUCUUCAUCCUCAACCUGAGCGUGGCGGACCUGUCCUACCUCCUCUUCUGCGUGCCAUUCCAGUCCACCAUCUACAUGUUGCCCACAUGGGUGCUUGGAGCUUUCAUCUGCAAGUUCAUCCACUAUUUCUUCACCGUGUCCAUGCUGGUCAGUAUUUUCACGCUGUCGGCGAUGUCCGUGGACCGCUACGUGGCCAUUGUGCACGCCAGGAAGUCCUCAUCGAUCCGGGUGGGGAGGCACGCGAUGCUGGGAGUGGUGCUCAUCUGGAUCCUGUCUCUGGGCAUGGCGGCUCCCGUUGCGCACUACCAGAACAUCGUGGAGCGCAAGGACAACGGCACGUUCUGCUGGGAGGUUUGGCCGGACCACCAGAGGAAGGUCUACGUGAUGUGCACUUUUGUUUUCGGAUACCUCCUGCCUCUCACGCUCAUCUCUGUCUGCUAUGCAAAGGUUUUAAACCAUCUGCACAAAAAGCUGAAGAAUGUCUCAAAAAAGUCAGAGCUCUCCAAAAAGAAGACUGCACAGACGGUCCUGGUGGUGGUCGUGGUCUUCUGUCUGUCUUGGCUGCCUCACCACAUCGUCCACAUGUGGGUGGAGUUCGGCUCCUUCCCCCUGAACCAGGCCUCCUUCGUGUUCAGGAUGGUGGCUCACUGCUUGGCCUACAGCAACUCCUCCGUCAACCCAAUAAUCUAUGCGUUCCUGUCGGAGAACUUCAGGAACUCCUACAAGCAGGUCUUCUGGUGCCGCAUGCCCAGCAAGUACCCCAGGAACAACCCCCAGAAGUUGCGCAGCAGGAUGGAGACGGCACCGUCCACGAACAUCAGUGCCACUUACAAAGCUCAUGACUCUCAGACCAGCAAAAUGCUCUAA